GUAGCACUGUCACGCAUAGGAGGCGCUUGUUUUCGUUAUCCGUCGGUAUCGUCCCAUCGACCUGUCAAUCUUCAUUCUCGAAGCCGCCUGAUUGGCCGAGAGUUCUGACGUAACGGCACUUGUAUACCUUUGGGUAUUUAAGUACCGACAAGAGGACAGUAAACCACUUCGUACAAGUGGAUCGAAUAAAGACUACAACCAGCAGCGAAGACAUCGUUGGAAGACCGACUUACCAGCAAAGAUGACCGACUUCGCCAAAAACUGCCUGGCCGUUCACAACGAACUGCGCGCCAAACAUGGCGCCUCUCCGCUGAAACUGAACGACAAACUGACGGCGCACGCUCAGAAGUGGGCGGACCACCUGGCCAGUACCGGGAGCUUCGAGCACAGCCAGGGGAGCGGGUACGGCGAGAACAUCGCCAUGCAGUGGAGCUCUGGAGGCGCCCAGCCCGUUCGUUCGUGCAGCAGUGGUACAGCGAGGUGGAGAAAUACGACUUCGGAGACAAGAGCGGCAACUACCAGCCCAGUGCAGGCCACUUCUCCCAGCUUGUGUGGAAGGGGAGUAAGGAGCUGGGAGUGGGUGUGGCUAAGGACGGGAAGGGGAUGUCAGUGGCGGUGUGCAACUACAACCCUGCCGGCAACAUGCAGGGCGACUUCGGCUCCAACGUGCAAGCCGAGAACUAGAGGAGACACCUCUAGAAUCUCCUAGCCUGGUAUCCAGCUGUAUUAUAGUUCUUGAGUCUCUUCUGUGGAGAAAACAGAGGGUUAGGAGCUGUAAAGCGGAUUGAUACCAGGCUAGGAAUCUCCGUUAACAACUGCAUUGCUGUCUCUCUAUCAGACUCCUUGGGAUGGCAUACAUAGCAAAUAGCCUCGAUAACAGCCUUCUACUAGUGUUUAACAUUGCCACUUCUCGUCCUUGUUUUUUCAACAAACUUAGCCUGGAUGCCAGAUUCAGGAUCUCAAAAAAGUACCUCUAUGGGCGUUAUAGAAUUCAACUGGGGGGGGGGAUGCUAGCCCUAGAGCAUAUGAGCUGGUCUGUGUAGUCCCUGGAAACAGUCUGACAUCCAGGCUUAACACCACAAUAUGUAUAGAUACGGUAGAAGCCAGUUAAUUACACAACGGAUGACAGCAAACUUCUGUUAAUUGCACGGAAUCCCAUAGUCCAACUGAGUA